AUUUCUUUGUUUACAUAUUUUUUGAUAUGGAAUUAUAUUUCCGACAUAAAUAAAAAUUAUUGGAACGAAGUUCCUUACGGCAGGCUUGGAGGGGAUAGGGAUUUUGCUGCGCGACCGAACUGAAAAAAAUGUGAUAGUAAAACCGUAAGAAAAAAUCCGUGGAAAAAAGUGCGUGGAAAAGUGCGUGGAAUAAAACCGUUAAAUGAGACGUGCGCAGGCGCGACAAUCGCAUACACAAGCGAGUAGUGUAUAAUACCUUUCUCUUUCUCCCUCUUUUUGUCGAUUCUACCUUAGCCGAAGGAACUUCGUUCCUACCUGGUGUCCACUGUCCCACGACACCACAUCAUUUUUUUAGUUAUUCUCGUUUUGUUCUUUGGUUUUGUUUAUUGCUAGAAUAGUUCUUUAGACUUUAGAGUUAAUAAUAAUUAUAUUCUUUGAGUUCUAAGUUUGGCGUGCUGCUAUAUUGUUAUAAUAAAAGAUAUUCCAUAAUGUCAAACAUCAAUUAUUGCACAGCUAAAUCCGACAAAGAAACAAUAGUUAUCAAAUCAAAUUGGACAGUUCCUAACUUUGUGGAGUACUUGAAAAAUCCCCCUAGGAGGCAACUUCGAAAAACAGUUGAUCCAGAAUUUCUGUUAAGAAUGCAAAUAGUAGGAUACAACUAUAGUACCAUUGAAAUUUAUUUUUUGUCACUGAGUACCGUAGUUAUGAAAGCAAUUCUUAAUUUGGGAUUAAAGUCAGGUGCAAUGAGACAAAUUGCCUCGACGGUUUUUUACACAGUUCAAGAGAAUAAAUGGCAGUAUUUAAAUACUUUAUUUAGUCAUGAUUUUAUACAAACCCCUCUUAACUGCACUGCUUGGGGUAGAUCAAAUUGUGUUGACAUACCAUUAAGGAAUGGGAACUUAUAUCUCGAGUUUCAAUUCGAGGUCACUCAUGACAUAAAAGAUGGCCGAGCUUGCGUCCCUGAAUCACAAUUGGCUGAUGAUUUCGGAAGUAUCUUAAAUGAUGAUACGUUUUCUGAUGUACUGAUGAAAUCUGUUGAUGGUACUGAAUAUAAAGUGCAUAAGGUUAUAUUGGCAAGUAGAAGUUUGGUGUUCAAGGCACAUUUCCAUCAAGAUACAACUAAAUCUAUUACAAAUAUAGAAUCACCUUUUGAGGCUGAUGUAUUGUUGGAAGUGUUGAAAUUUAUUUACAGUGAUAAAGCACCUGGAGUUAAUGAUAUACCUGAAAAGUUAUUAGUUGCGGCUGAAUUUUACCAACUUAGCGGACUUAAAAAACUAUGUGAAGAUGUUUUACACAAAAAUCUUACUGUUAAAAAUGUUAUAAAAACUAUAGAAUUAGCAGAUCUAUAUUCUGCUAAGACAUUGAAACAAUCUUGUUUAGAAUUUAUUAAAUAUAGUCAAUCCGAAUUAUUGAUUACCAAAACAGAGGCAUGGUCUAACAUUAAGUCUAUAGAUUUGAUAAAAUCAAUUUAUGAAUAUAUAUUGGCUGAUGAAGUUAAUGUUGAAAAAGUUAAGAGUGUGGAGUCAACAUCAGAAUCGUUCGACAUCAGUCUCUGAGACACAUUCGACAUCAUCAACUACAUUAUUAUUAUGAUUUGCACUAACAAGUUAUAAUAUGUUCUUAUAAUUAAAAAUACAUAGAGGACAUAAUUGUAAAACUUAAGAUAUUUACCUCUAUCCCCAUAUCAGCAGGUGCAGCUCAGUCUUACAGUAAUAAUAAUAAUAAAAUUAGUAUAAAAACUUAUUCUAAUGAACAAAUACUGUAUUUUUACUGAAAGUGCCAAUCACAUAGAAGAAUAAUUUUAUAUUACUAAUGUUAUAAAUGUAUAGGGAUAUUAUAAUAUAAAGAAUAGGUAUAUGUAAUCUAUAUUCCAUUGUUUGGUCAAUUGAAUAUGAUACUACAUUAGUGCUAUUUAACUUUAGUGACGUCUAACAGUCUAAUAUAGGUUAGUCAGGGGCAUGCAUAUCAUAUGGGCAAUUAGGUGCCUACAUCGUUAUGAACCUAAAUAAAUAUUGUGUUAAAAUUAA